UUUUCAUAGCUUACCAUUUUAUAUACGUACAUGACACUUUCAAAAACCCUCUCACUCCAUUCACACAUCUUCAGCCAGGGUUUUCGGUUCCUUUUAGUGUUGUUUACGUCGAACUUUGGCCGGAACCAGCUAACCGUUGAUCAACUCAUUUGCGUGUGAAUAGAAAAGUAAUGAUUUACUAUUUCUUUUCUGAUAACUUUUGUUAUGGUACUAUCAGACCUAAUCCCUAUGCACUUUGAACCAUGAGCAGCAGCAGCGACAUUGAAUUUUUACAAAGGCAUACGCAAACAGAAAGAUAGCUUUCGAUGGGCUAUUUCUGGAAAUUUUGAAGUGGGUUUUACUUUAAAGUUGUGAUUUUUAUUGCCAUUUCUUUGGAUUAUUGAAGUGGGUUUUGGAGAUUAUUAAGAGAAGUUUGGAUUUCUGUUGCUGAUUCUGCAUUGAGGGGCUUAUUGACACGAAACAAUAGAGUAAAUGAUGAUGGAGAAUAAAAGGAGACCCGUCUUCCUUGAUCAAAGCAGCCUCAUGGGUUUGACGCAAAAACGACCGAAGAUUGAGGUGCCUCUCUCUGCCAAGGAAAAGAAAGAGAAGGUUAGCGAACGAAUUUCAGCUCUUCAACAACUUGUCUCACCUUAUGGAAAGACAGAUACAGCAUCGGUUCUUCUAGAGGCAAUGGAAUACAUAAGAUUCCUUCAAGAGCAAGUUAAGGUAUUGAGUGCACCGUACUUAUAUAGUACACCAACGACUAGUACACAGGAAGUCGAGCCGCCUAACCUUAAAAGCAAAGGCUUAUGUCUCGUGCCAAUUUCGUUUACUGAUGGAGUUGCCAGUAGCAAUGGCGCCGAUAUUUGGGCUCCGAUAAAGACGAGUUCCCCGACUUCAAGAAGACCAAUAUCAGACGAAGCUUCAGUGAUAACUUACAGUUGAGGGAUGGUUUCAGCUUAGAUGGUCACAAAUGGGUUUUAACAAGUGGGUGGCAGUUUUUAGAUGUUGAAUCAUGUUCGCUAUUCUAGCAAGUUGCGAACAUUUCUUAUGAUACGAGGUGCCAAUGUUUGUACAUAACGAAGUUGUAAAUUGAUAAUAACUUCCAUUAGUCAUAUUCCAAUGUGAUGAAGAAUCACAUUUCAACUUCAGUGAGAAAAAUAAAGCCUUGUAGCUGGAGAUUAUCUCCAUUUUGAAAUCA